AAACCACAUUCGCCUUACACAGAAUAAGGGCCAGAUGGGGUCAGCAGACUGAGAGUAGUUUUGUUUACCGUGCGACACUGCCAUCUAGCGACUUCUUUAUGAAACUGCACGUCAUCUCAUACACGCGCACGCCACGACGUUUACAGUGAGAAAAGGAUCAGAAACACCUGGAAAUUCAACACACGUACGUGUUUAGGGUCUGCUGAAGUCACGUCUAGGCAAAGAAGAACGUUAUGGAGCGCUGGGAGUUUGACGCUAACAACAUUGUUCCUUACAACUUCGAGCCAAGGUACUCGGACUCGAGAGGAGAGAGUGGGGAGGGGGGCAGUGGUGCAGGUGACAACACUGCGGGAGCUGUGGCUUCUAUCUCCCCGUCGGCUGAACCGGAGACUAUCGCGGCCGUCACCAUCCGAGAGUGGGACCAGGCCGACGAGGAGACCGCCAAGUGGAGACUGAAGCACUUCGUGUGGUGUCGGUGUGGCGGGAAAUGCCGACAGAUGAAGACCGUACACGAGAGCGUGUGUUGUCACGACUUGGUGGAAGCUGAGCAGAGAAGGGAGGGCCAGGACAUCCUUUGUCUGACAGAACACGCCGGAUUCAAAGUCGUCGUCCUCAAUAAGGACGUGUUGGAAUGUGCAAUGGUUGCAAAGUUAGAGGGGGCGGAACAUCAAAGAGAAGAUGAUGAUGGUUACGAUGAUGAUGAUGACUAUGAUGAUGUUGGUAAUAAUGAUGAUGAUGAUGAUGAUGACGAAGCCCUCGGAGCAGAAGCACCAGAAAUAAACAACAGAGCCUACAGGCUCCAGGCCUACAGCCAGUGCUGCAUUUUUCUCCAGUUGGACUUGGAUCCUGAGGAAUGUGUACGAAGAGUCAUUCCUUCAUGUGUCGUGCAGGCAAUCAAUAAAAUGUACCCAGAUCCGAGUGGAGACUUCAAGUCACCUUUUGAGGAUGAAGGAUGUUUAUAGAAGCUAUUUGUUUCUGAGACUAAUUCCAUUCCACAUUAUGUACAAACUUUGUCAAUCAUUGUUAUAUAUUGAAGAGCCUGGGUGCCAUCCUCCAUAGUUUCUGUAGCCCAUGGCAUUUAAAUAGGGAGAGUUGGGAGACAGUGUAGCUUUAUGAUUCAUAACAUUGUCAUAUACAUGUAGUUACUAGUAAGUAAUUGCUUUAGCCACCCUGAUACAUUGCCCAAUGUCUGCUGUAUUUUGCAGAUCUACAACUAUGUACAAUCAUUCAGUUUAUACAUGUAUGUAUGUCAGUAGAUGUAGAAGUGUCAGUUACCAUUAGUUGCUCUUGAGUUUUAUAUUGCAGACAUUGCAUUUAGAAUAAUGACCUUGAACAAAUGUUUUAUUGAAUUGUUCAGUAGUAUAACUUCACCACCUUGUAUAGCUGUAUACAAAGCAUUAUAGAUAGCAUGUAAACUAUAGAAACAGCAUCACAUGCUAACAUUUUGUUCUUGUUAGAUAUUCAAUUGUUCAUACAGUUGCUAUUUAGCAUUUUUGUGCUUGUGACAUGUUCAAUUGUUCAUAGAAUUGCUAGUAGCAAGUCUUAUUGUAUCUUAUUGUAUGCCAAUGGUCAGAAGUCAUUCUUGCAGUUAUCAUAUGCACUUUGUGAUGUGAUGUAAUGUGAAAAUGUUGCUGGUGACUACAAGGAAAGCUGAUCUGUGUUAGUGUUCAUUCUGUUGAUCAAACAAUGCUUGAUCUGCUGUAAUGAAUAAGUACUUUCUAGAAUUGUAUUAUCCUUAAUGAUACAUUAGGUUUGUUCAAAUAAAGUUCUGUUUCCCAGUCUUGAUCACACUGUUUUACAUGAACAUACAGGUCAUAGCAUUAUCUGUUAGGCGAAAAUCACGAAGCUUGUCAAUACCUGUAUGUUUGAGAAGCAAAGGAUACCAGGGUACAUACCAAUAUGGUUAUGUCUAUCUAAUGUAAGAUUUUCAUUUAUAGAUCUUUUGAUCAUUUAGUGAGGGGGAAGAAAGAGCCUUGUCAUGCACACCGAGCCAAGGUCCUCCUUGCCUGGGCCCAAACAC